ACCCCACAGCCGAUCACGUAAUUAUGAUGGAAAGUCAAUAUGAUAUAAGGUUCAGCGACAAAGCGAGGGUGGAGAUAGUAGCAUUGAGUUCGAUGGUAUUAUGCUUUCUAUUAAUUAUCUUUCCAGCACUAAAGGUAUCGUCCUUUGGUAGUAAUUUCAUGGGAUUUAUUGUUGAUGGUGUUCCUCUCAUUUCCUGUCUUCUUGUUAUAACCUUCCAAAUAGUAAUAUUUGUUAUUAUAGCAAACCAUCCCGUUAACAAGACCAUAUUUCCAAUCUUAUAUAUAUUGCUUCUCUUAACUGCAACAUCAGUUAUACAAAUCAGCUUUAUUUCAUUUAUGUCUGCUAUCUUUAUUUUGUUCACAUGGAUUCUCACAAUUGCAAUUAUUCUUUGUAUUAACAGCCAAGAGAUCAAUGAUGCAGAUAUAGCAUCCUUCAAUGGAUUCCGAAUAUUUUUAACAAUAAUUUCUGUAAUUUCCCUACUUUGGAAUGCUAAUAGCAUAUUUCACCUUUGUUAUCCUUAA